AUGAAGGAGACAGAAGACGAUUCGAGCCCCCUCUCGGAACUAGAAGCUCUGGAACUCAUAACCACAAAGUAUGUAUCCCCACCGGAUGCUCCGAAUGAAGCCGAAGACGUCAAAGUUGAAAAAAUCCGUGCUGUUGGAUCGCCACUGCUCUUUAGCCCAAUUGAACGUCCCGAUGAAGAUGAUGAUUUCGUUUUGGAUGAUUAUGAAUACCUUCUUCGUCCCGGAAUCAAAAAAGACGUUGAAUCAGAUCACGCUGUGAUUCUUCUGGAUCGUAUUCUGAAUUCGUCGGAAGAGAUUCUGAAAGAGAUGGACUAUUGGGACGUUUUUGAGAGAUCCAAGAAGUGGGCGAAGACUACCAGAGCCUCCGAACUUGCACUGGUUGAGAAGUUGAUUCCAAUGGUGGACAAACGCCCAACCCAUCUGCACGUCUUCUGCCACCAUUUGACGUCUUCUGAUUCUAUUGACAUCAUCGGAAACGCGAUUGUAGGAGUCAAAAGUGUAUCUAAAAAGUAUCGGUCGUUGUUCCGAAUGUCGAUGAAGACUCAAAUGACGUUCAAACAGUUUAUAGACAAACUCGAAACAGUUGUCGAUGCAAAAUGGACCGUCCGUGUUCGCCAUCCUCUCAUCUCAUCGUUCACGUCUUCUGCCAACCUGACGACUCCAGAUAUUCUAGGAUACACCCGAUUCGAAUCCAUGGAUCCUUCAACAACGACAUCUGCUUCGUUUGAGAUCUCGGUCACCGAAAAACCACAUGUCAAGGUCCAUUUGGAGUAUCGUAACGAGUUGCUGAAGAAUGGGAAACGUGAAAAGACUCUCCUCAUUGAACAACACGUCGACGUGAAAACUCCUAGAAGACGUGCCACAUUCGGAGAGCCAUUGGUUGAGAAAAUUCAUGAAUUUGAGAUCAAUCAGAUUCCGUUCCCGUUACCACAAAGAGGAAUAGAUUUGAUGCGAUACUUGCAAGAAAUUGUUCAAGGGAAAACAUCAAGACAUACGAUUCCAUGA